GUAAUAUAUAUCUUUGAACUUGUGACCACUUGUAACCGGGUUGCUGACUGGAAGACACUUGCUGUACUUUCGCAGUUCCACGAAGUCGAAGUACCAACGGAACACAUAUCUUUUAUUAGGUUAAUGUUUCCAUUAACAUGAGUUUUGACUGGAAAACUAUUGGUGAACAAGUGUCAUCGCUUCACCUGGAAAUGAAUUGUCCCUCUGAAGAAUACACCAUUCAACAGUUGAAAACUGACCUUGAAAUUGUAAGUGAAUUAGACCCUGAGAAAAAGAAGUAUUUGGCUAAUGAUGUAAAUUGUGACUACGGUGGUUACAAAUGUGACUUUGUCUUUCUUAUCAGGAUCGCACGCUUCAAGAAGUCACUAGAAGAUCAUCGAGGCUUUUUGACCAAGCUGUUUACGCUUGCAAAUAAUUCGAAUGGCGUCGAUACGCUUAUCGUAUAUUGCGAUUAUUAUAAAAAUGAAGUUCAGCCUGAAGACGCUUUUAUUAAGAAAGAAAUCAACAUUCCAUAUAUACUUGGUUUGGUAUUCAAGAUGUUGGGUUACAAUGACAAAAUUACUGUAGAAAUACUUAACGACGUUUGGGGAAUACUCAGUAGCUAUGUCAGUUCUCUUGAUGUUUACUCCUAUGGAAAGUACAAUCUUUUCCCUCUUAGCGUUUCAGUUGCCAAUAUGGUCAUUAUGGCUGAUGCCGAUUUGAGUGCUGCAGUUCUUGCCUUCAUUAGAUCACGUAAUUCUUACUUUGGAAUAUCCAGAGUUCUUGUUCAAGAGCCAGUUAUGGAAAAACUAGUGGACACAGCUCGGAUUUAUGGAUGUAAAAUAGAAGUUCUGUCUGAUUUAUACGUGUUUCGCAAUUCUGUGGAAGCUUUGGGAAAUUUGCACGGCUCAAAACGAGCUGGAGCAAUCUCUGUAUGGUCUGAGAAUAUCAUCGCUGCUAAAAAAUUUGCUGCAGAGGCAGAGAUUUGCACGAUUUGGAUAAACGCACAUGGAGAACUUCAUCCCGGUCUUGAAUCCCUCACAUAUUCCAUACCACCCUUCUUCGAUUACUUUGUACAUCCUGACUUCAAGACUAGAAAUGAUUGCCUUGAUGAUGAUUGUAAAACUGCGAAGACUUUUGACCUCUUUUAUGGUGGACAAUGGCAAACUCCUGCUGAAGGAAAAUAUUGGACCAACCCUGCCAACACCGCUUAUGCUCAAGCCACAGGAGAAGAUCUCAAGAAAUGUACAAAAGUCGCACGUUCAGCAUUUAAAAUCUGGCGUUCUACCGAAAUGCGGAAGAGAGCACAAACUAUCAAAUGUUUUGCAAAGAGACUUCAAGCAAAUGGGGAAUCGGAAUAUGCUGAUCUGAUUAUAAGAUUAGUUGACCUACCAUUGGUACAUGGAACUUCAGCAUCGAUAGUAAAAGAUGGUUGGGCUGAGAUAUUAACCACACGAGAACCAGUCGGAGUUGUUGUCAUUGCCUCAAACGAUCAGAAUGAGCUGUUUGAAAGACUGGUAGUAGCAUCUGUGACUGGCAAUGCUGUUAUAGUUCUGUUUAAUAGUAAGAGCUGUGUUUCUUUCGCACCGUAUUGCGAUAUGCUAGCAACUUGCGGCUUUCCAGCUGGUGUAAUUAACUGUUUGUUCACCAAUGGUACGUCAAUUCUAAAUCUGAAUACCGAAUCCAUUAACAAAGUACUUGGAAACCUUAAUGACGAUUUGAAACUAUCGAGUUUUGACUCAUGCAAAGUUAACGACAUAUUUCGUACGCGAUAUUACAUGAACAUAUACAAAAAGAUGUUCAACUUUGUAACAAAGCCUAAGUCUGUGUGGCUGCAACGUGGGUAA